CCGAAAAGCAUGGCGCUGGAAACAUGUAUUGCGUUUUUGUUAGCAGACAGCUAUGAUGUUGAAGAUUUCUUAUUUUUCAAGAAAAAUGCAAGUCGCAAACGUCGGAACGUAAGAAUGAUUCUGAAAACUGAACCAAGUGAUGAUCUGCAAAGAGAGGAUGACAAAAGAAAUGUUUUCAAUACCGUGCUGCAAAGCUUGACAAUAAAUGAUUUUAAGAGUCACUUUCAGCUGAUGCCAUCUCAAACUGAGGAGUUGGUACGGCUGCUUGCACCUUGUAAAUGGACUGCCAUUAGGCAAGAGGGAUGGACAGUGUGGCAUGCAGUGCUUGCUAGCCUGUGGGCUAUUUCUACCCAAGAGUCUUACCACAGUGUGGCAAACCGUUUCCACAUCACAGAGUCACUCAUUUGUGAUCAGCUGGAUGAGUUCUGUACCCUUGUUACCAGUAACUUGGCUAAUGAAAUUCACUGGCCGCACGGGGAGGAAGCAGAAAUGUCUGUGGUGGGGUUCCUUUCUACUGUGGGUUUACCAGAUACUCUUUGUGUAGUUGGAACGUGUUUCAUUCCUACUGAGAAACCUACAGAUGUGUCAGAUCCAGAGGUAUAUAGAGACGCAGAGGGGUCGUACUCUGUAAAACUCAUGGCUUUUUGCAACCACAUGGGUCGCUUUACCUAUGUGUCUGCAGAGCACCCUAGAAAUUGGCAUAACUCAAGAGUCCUGUCAGCCACGGAGGUUGGCAAGGCAUUGCGGGAAAACCCUGUGGCUCUGCUACAUGGCAAACACAUCAUUGGCAAUUCCACCUUCCCACUUUCAGAGCACUUUCUGACUCCGUUCCCUGAUUAUGCAACAUUAGGACAGAAAAAAGUAUGUUAUAACCAGAAGGUGCAGUCAUCUCUUGCAGUGGCACAUGGCUCCAUCCAUACUCUGAGAUCUUGUUUUCAGAGGCUCAGAUGUCUGCAGAAGCAUUCCGUUUGCCAAACCAGUUUAGCUGUGAAGACCUGCUGUAUUUUAUACAACAUGUUCCUAGAAACGUAUAAUGUUCUAGUGGACUGCAUUGGGGACGAUGUAACCCAAAAACCUUUCCAUGAACUACGCUACGGACACUCUGGAAGUCUUGGUGGAAUAUCUAAAAGACAAGACAUUGCAGCCUCACUUGGGCGAACCACUAAAAAAAGAAAAUGUAUGUACAAUUAGUGUUGAAAAGUAAUGUUGCAUAUGAUAAUGAAUACAACAUGUCGACAAA